UUCACACCUCUACCACACAGGGAGUGAGCAGAACUCAGAGUGUUUAACAGGGGGGUUUUUGCCAAUAAGGAGUGCCAUUGCUGUGAACUUAACAAAGGACUUGAAGAAACCUAAACAAACCUAGUUUGACUGGAGUAAAAGGUUACACUAGGCCACAGAAAAGCACUGCUGGAUGUAAAGAUGAACACCGCAGUCAUCAGUGUGUGUGUGACCGUUGUGCUGUUUGUCACCCGAGAGACAGCCAGCGUUUCUCCAGAACUGCAAGCAGCAGCAGAUGCAUGGCAGGGCUCUCUGCCGUGUGGAGGCUGGAACUGUGAGUGCGCAUUCAGGCAGCAAAGCUGUUGUUGUGCAGCUGCACAGAUGGACAAGCUUGAGGAGCACAUUUUUAAUCGCCUCAUGAACAUCUGGACUGGACUGUUAGAGCUUGAGAAGCACAUUAUGGAGACAGCAGAUGGCAGAAUGGUGGCAUUUACUGCUACUAUGUCUCAGAUGUCUGGAUGUUUUGGCCCCUUUACUUGUGAUGUGCCCAUUCCCUAUAGCAAUGUCACACUCAACCACGGCAAUGGAUACAACCCUGCACUAGGUAUCUUCACGGCUCCUUGUGCGGGCGUCUUCUCCUUCAGCCUUACGGUGUACUCAAACAAGGGAUCUGAAGGACAGCGUUUGUACCAGAGGGUGGCACUAGUGAGACAAGGCCGUUCUGAGGCCGCUACGUGGGAGGACAACAGAGAGGAUGCCGAAGACAGCGCCACACAAACUGUCCUGUUCAGUCUCAGUGCUGGAGAGCAGGUUUACGUACAGCUCAUGUCCGGCAGAGAAAUCUGCGGGGACAUGUGGGGCCAAAACAUCUUCAGCGGAUACUUGCUUUAUCCUACUGAGGGCUAAAACAGCACAAAAUGGCUGCAAACACAUCCAAACAUACACAAACACACAAUGUUUUCAUUAUAUUCAAUAGAAUAAACUAGGACUAGUGGAGACAAACUCAUUGUUAUGGCUUCUGUUUACUCUUUAAGACAUAUACACCUCCCAUACAUUCAUUCAGACAUACUUUUACACACAUGCAGCUGUAUCAGCAGUUUUUUUUUUUUUUUUCUUCACACAAUUGCAGGCUAUUGUAAGGAUUUCAUUUAUCGUUACUGUCACUUUUGGUGAAUUAAAUCCAUGCUGAAUAAAAUAAUUAUUCAUUUCAAAGAAAAAA